UCGUAGCAGCGUCUGGGCACGGUCGCGCCACACGACGCUUCGAUCGGAAUUACGUACCGUGAAAAUACGCUUAUCACUAACGUGUUACGAAAACAAACUUACGAACAUUGUUAAAAAUUACCAACAAACUGAUGAACAUUUUUAACAAAUAACACCAGUCAUUCUGUGUUCUCUGGACGUUCGGACGCGAUUGGACUGUUAAUGUGAUUAUUUUGUUUACGUUGCUGACUACGUUGUGUACAAUUCAAACGUGAACUGAAAUCAUUCAAUCAUGUGUAUAACCACAAUAAGGACUAUACGUUAAAUUGACACCGAAAUAGACUUUGUAAUUUGAUGGAUACUUCACAUCCGGCAAGGGGACGCAACACACGAACGCCGCCGGAAAAAACAUGACACUGAGCCUAUCGUGUCUUGUUUUCUUUCUUCCUUGAUAUUUGAUUUAACCCCAUCAUGGCUCUACGUCAAGUUUCUUCAAGACAGUUCUUCAACCAAAUCCUCUUUUGGUUUGUUAUUGGACUGAACGUCGCCGAUCAAAGUUCGCUGCCGCUGAAAUAUGAGGCCCCUGAUGAUUGCCAAUGGUGGCUUAAGGGCCCUAAUGAUGCCCACGAAGUUUCCCUCACGUGUAAACUUCGAACAAUAAACAGUGAGUUCGACACGACUAAUUUUAGUGUCAUACCAUCGGAGCACACGACAUCGCUCAGAAUAGAGUGCAAUGAAGAAAUGAUGUACAAGAGUUCACUAGAUGACCGGAGUUUCGCGCAUUUAGUUAAACUACGUGAACUGGUUUUGGAUAACUGUAAAAUUGGACGAUGGCCGCCUGGUGUACUCUCUGGUUUGAGGGACCUCCGAAACUUAACGAUUCGAACGAAAAACACGGAGUGGGCCGCAAUGAGUUUAGAGAUAGCAUCAGAAAGCUUUACGGCAGUCCGACAGUUGGAAAAGUUAGACCUCAGUUUUAAUAACAUUUGGUCGUUUCCCGAGAACUUGUUUUGCCCGUUGACCAAUUUGGUUUAUUUAAACGUGUCAUCAAAUCGACUUCAAGAUGUGAGUGAUCUCGGCUUCAGAGAAAGAGCAAUGCAUCAAGCUCUAAUAAGUGAACAAGACGGACCGCCCCCAUCAGUGUCGUCUCUCGCACAUGCAACAUGCUCUUUAGAUAUUGAGGUAUUAGAUGCUUCAAGCAACCACUUUGUUUUAAUGCCAGAGAACGGCUUUAUGGCUCUAAAAAGAUUAAAAGAACUACACAUUCACGACAACGAAAUAUCUAUGGUGGCCGACAAAGCGUUAGCCGGUUUGAAACAACUUCAGAUAAUAGAUCUAUCGAACAAUAAAAUCGUCGCUCUUCCCCAAGAUCUAUUCAAAGAUUGUAGACCGGUAAUAAAAGAAAUAUACUUACAAAACAAUUCUAUCAGUGUUCUUUCACCAAGUCUUUUCGCUAACUUAGAUCAGCUGUUAGCGUUGGAUUUAUCUAAUAACCAUCUAACAAGUACGUGGAUAAAUGAAAACACUUUCACUGGACUCAUAAGAAUGGUUUUGUUAAAUUUAUCGAACAAUAGAUUAACGAAACUCGAUCCGAAAAUCUUUAAAGACUUGUAUACUUUGCAAAUAUUAAACGUUCAGCACAAUAUGCUAGAGAGUAUUGCCGCUGAUACGUUCGCACCUAUGAACAAUCUGCACACGCUGAUAUUGUCAUACAACAAGAUUUCACACCUCGACGCUUAUGCACUGAACGGCCUGUACGUGUUGUCUCUCCUAUCUGUAGACAACAACCACCUCGAAGACGUACACCCUGAAGCGUUCAGAAAUACAUCUUCACUACAAGAUUUGAAUUUAAACGGAAAUCGUUUGAAGAAAGUGCCCAUUGCGCUCAGAAAUAUGCGAUUACUAAGAACACUAGACCUCGGGGAAAAUCACAUAACAUCACUGGAGGAGCCCGGCUUUGUUGGUUUGCACAACGUGUAUGGUUUACGUCUUAUUGGAAAUAAAAUUGAAAAUAUAAGCAAAGAAGUAUUUUCGGAUUUACCAUCGCUGCAAAUAUUGAAUUUAGCACGCAAUAAACUGAAACACAUCGAUAUGAACGCGUUUGAAACACUAUCAAACCUUCAAGCCAUUAGACUGGAUGCGAACCAACUAACAGAAAUACAGGGCUUGUUUGUAAAUAUCCCGUCUUUGUUGUGGUUGAACGUGUCAGAUAACCAAAUAGAAUGGUUUGAUUACACCGUUAUCCCUCCGGCGCUACAAUGGUUAGAUCUUCACAACAACAACAUCAAAGAAUUAGGGAAUAACUACCGUAUGGACAAGGAGCUUCGAUUACAAACGCUCGACGCAAGUUUCAACAAAAUGACAAAAAUAUCAGCAUAUUCCAUUCCGAGCAGCGUGGAGUUACUUUUCUUGAAUGAUAAUCAAAUUACACAAGUUGAAGCCCAAACUUUUGUUGGAAAAACCAAUUUAACGAGAGUCGAUUUGUAUGCAAAUCAGAUAACUAGUAUGGAUCUCAAUGCGCUUCGCCUCACUCCAGUCGAUCCGGGACGACCACUGCCCGAAUUUUAUAUCGGCGGGAACCCGUUCCAGUGUGACUGUACUAUGGAAUGGUUACAGCGGAUUAACAAACUCGAUCAUCUCCGGCAGCAUCCUCGCGUAAUGGAUCUAGAGAGCAUUUACUGCAAGUUAUUAUACAAUCGUGAAAGGACUUAUAUUCCGCUUAUCGAAGCGGAAUCUUCACAGUUUUUGUGUACAUAUAAGACACACUGUUUCGCUCUGUGCCACUGUUGUGAUUUUGACGCUUGUGAUUGUGAAAUGACAUGCCCAUCAAACUGUACGUGUUAUCAUGACCAACCGUGGUCAGCUAAUAUAGUGGACUGUUCCGCGGCCGGGUAUUCCGAAAUACCUAACAGUAUUCCAAUGGACGCUACUGAACUGUAUUUGGACGGUAAUAACUUUGGUGGGCUAACGAGCCACGCUUUUAUUGGACGUAAAAAUUUAAAAAUAUUGUACGCGAAUAACUCUAAUAUUGACGCUUUGUAUAAUAAUACUUUUAGUGGACUAAAACGUUUAACAAUUUUACAUUUGGAGAAGAAUAAUAUUAAAGAAUUGCUUGGCUUCGAAUUAUCACCUUUAGAAAAUUUGCGUGAAUUGCAUCUACAAGAUAAUAAAAUCCAUUACAUCGAUAACAGAACUUUCAUGGAAUUGAGACAUUUAGAAGUUCUGCGAUUGGAAGGCAAUAACAUAUACGGCUUUGCGGUUUGGCAAUUCACUAUGAACUCGUAUUUAGUUGCGAUUAGUCUCUCGAGAAAUCCCUGGUCGUGCGAUUGCCAAUACCUGCACAAAUUUAGAAAUUGGUUCAAAAACAACCUGGGCAAAGUUGAAGACGCCAAUAAAAUCACAUGUGUUUUCGAUAACGUUACAAACGCUGUGGGACCCCUAAUGGCCGAUUUUAACUCUACAAUUUGCACCAGUCACGUCGGUGGGAGCUCAUCUAUAAUCGAGAAUCAAGUUAUAAAUGAUUACCUGCCGCUAUUAUUGAUAUCCCUAUGCGUGUUCGUCGUGAGUUCGGUCCUAAUUUGCGGCUUGUUUUACUGGCGGCGAGAGCUCCGAGUAUGGGUUUAUUAUCAUUGCGGAUUUAGAAUGUGCUACAAAAGCACAACUUUCGACGAUGAAGCCGACAAGGAUCGUUUAUUCGACGCCUACAUUAGUUACAGCGUGAAAGAUGAAGCAUUCGUGGCUCAGAUGUUGGCGCCCGGGUUAGAAUCAACCGACCCGAGUUUCCGACUCUGUCUACAUUACCGCGAUUUCAACGCCUCGGCGUACGUGGCCGAUACGAUAAUAGAGGCCGUCGAGUCAUCAAAGCGAACCAUCAUAGUGCUAUCAAAGAAUUUCAUCAACAACGAAUGGUGCCGUUUCGAAUUUAAGACGGCACUCCACGAAGUACUGAAAGAGAGACGAAGAAGACUGAUAAUAAUAUUAUUAGGCGAGAUUCCGAAUAGAGACAUAGAUCCGGAGCUGAGGUUGUGCUUGAAGGCGAACACGUGUAUAGAGUGGGGAGAUAGACAAUUUUGGCAAAAAUUGAGGUUCGCCAUGCCGGACUUGCGGAAGUGUCAGUAUCACCGUUCGACAGUGAAUAUUUACGCUUCUGUGUCGCCGAUGGGGGCCGGGCGGGCGCCGGCGCCGCCCCCUCCCCCGCCACCUGGCAAGCUCCCCCCUCUGCUGGGCGACGCGCUGCCGCUGCCGGCCGGCGUGCACGCGCGCGACCCGCACACGCACCGCAUGCCGCCGCAAGCGCAGCUCUGGGCGUAGCGUAUGCUCCAACGCAGGUAAACAGAUGCUGACAUUACUUGCAACGCUUAAGCGUAUUAGUCCAGUAAAAUCGUGAUAAUUAAUAUAAGAUUCCGUAUUAUAUUUAUUGUUAUUGUAAAAGUCAUUUCAAUUGCAUUUAUUUUGUAUAGAUGGCUAGUGUUUUAUUUAAGUUUAAGGAUUAACGUCCUGUUUUCUGCGAUAAUAAUUUAUAAAUGAUUAUGAGAAUGUUGUAAAUAUCAUAAAAUACUUAUAAUUUAAAUCAAUACACUGAUGCUCCAUUAAUAAUAUGAAUUAAUAUAAACUAUAUAAUGCCAAAGUUUAAAACUAUGAUGUACAGUGCAUUUAAUAUUAUAUUAGACUUUAUUUGAAGGAUUGUAAAUUUUAUGAUUUUUGUAUAUACAUGUACAUAAUAACAUUAUCGACAAAAUAUUAAUGAAAGAAAAAUGAAAUACACACUUUUCGAGAU